GAUGGUGGGCAGGUUGUGUCCUCUCGUAGCUAUAUUUGUGUUGGAAAGCUUCGUGGUAACAACAGGACAGAGUGUAAAGGACGAACGGAGUCUGGUCCAAGCUCAUGUGCUUUUCCGUCACGGCGACCGCUCUCCGACCGAGACUUUCCCCAACGAUGUGCACCAGGAGAGCGCCUGGGAGCAGGGCUUCGGCUUCCUCUCUUCUAUUGGCAUCGAGCAACACCAUAACCUCGGCGAGUUCUUCCGGAAGCGUUACGGGAAGGAGGGUUUCGGAGUGCUGAGUGAAGAGUUCAGGAGAGACGAGCUGUUUGUCCGGAGUACCGACACAGACCGGACCCUAAUGAGUGCAGAGGCGAACCUGGACCGCCUGUACCCCGACCAGCCUGUCCCGAUCCACACCGUCCGGACUGGCCUCGACAAGCUGUUGCGGGCUUUCUUCUUGAACUGUCCUCGGUCAGAUGAACUGUUGGAAGAGGCAAUGAAUUCCGCAGAGUUCAAGCAGAAGGAGAAAGAGAACGAGGAGUUCAUGGCGUUUGUUGUGGAGAAGGCCGGUUGGAGCGAGCCACACUCAAUCCUGGACGCUUGGCGCACACAGGACCCGCUUCUCUGUGAGAAAGCACACAACAUGAAGUGGCCAGCCUGGGUCACCCCGGACGUGUACAAGAGGCUCACGGAACUGACGUCUUACGCAAGCGACAUCCAGUUCAGGGGAGACGAGAAAGGGAGACUCAUGGCAGGGCUCCUGGUGAACCAUAUCGUGUCCAACAUGACGACAGCUCAACAGGAGGUGCAGGAGAACAAGAAGCCCCUCCGACUGAUCAUGUACUCAGCUCACGACAUCGAUAUAUCAGCUCUCAUGUCCGCCCUCAAUAUCUACAACGGCCUGAGUCCGCCCUACGCUUCCUGCGUCAUGGCCGAGUUGUACCGUGAUAACCAGGGGUAAGUGAAACAUUUUACAUUAGAAUAGAAUCUAACAUAUGAUAGCGGGAAUUUUGAUCAAGGUAACCUUUGACCCAUUACUGAUGUCACGUUUGCUGUCAGGUCACAUGUAAGAAGUGAUUUGGGUUACACACCCUGAAUGUGCUGCACUAAAACAUAAUAAACAGUGCGUUUUAGAUGUUAUUUGCAUCGUAUUCUUCCAACACAACAAAAUGUUGACUUUACGGCGUCAUUCAAGACAAAUGACUCGCUGGUUUGGACACAUCACAUUGUUUGACUCAAGUAAUAAAAAGAGCC